UGUGCUGUAAUUGAGAUGCUACAACUCGGUCUUGAUGGCUGUUCCUGUAACUGUUUUUCACAGGGAAAGAUUGUUUGCACUUCCAGGUUUCUAAGCCCCUUUACAGGUCCCAGGCAAACCUUGCUGUUAAGAAGCAGGCCAGCUGUUGACCUAGAACUUGAGGAAGAUGGAAAUCUCCCUGCCAUCCAUAAAAUCCGUGCUAAUCAGUUUAUAAGAAGGAGGUCAGCAGCCUGGAAGAUGGAAACACAAAAUUCAGGUCGACUUUACUUGGUUGAUACAGUAGCAGGAGAUCCAGAGGUUCUGCAAGCAGAUGCUGAAACAUACUAUGAAAAACUCUUGAAGAAGUCACUAUCCAGUCCUGAUGUUUUUUGCAUCCCUGGAAGAGGAGAGGUUAAACUUGAAGAUUCCUGUGUGUGUUUUGUCCCUCUCUACCGAAAUAAUCCUACUUGCAAACUGCUGCUGUUAACUGAGCCAAAGGAUAAAGAGACAGUUUUGGCAGUUUAUCUGAGCCAGCGUUGGUGGCCUGUGGAAGAUGUUGUGAAGACAGCUGAUCCUGCUAGAGAUGGGCUCAUUUUGGUCCAGACAUUUGGAGAAAGGAUUGUCCUCUUUGUUCUGAACUGCAUUAUUUUUGGAAUGCUGGAAGGGAGUUCAGCUAAUGAUGCAUUCUUUUUACCUCACUCUGCCACCGAGUGUGCCAAGAUACUCUGGAGAAACGGCGAGGCUGCUGCCUUUUACUCGGUCAAGAUGAAAGGGAGCCUGUGUGGUGAUACAACCAGUCAGUGUUACCUGCUGCCAGUUUUGGAUACUAUAUUUGUCCAGAGAAAGUACAGAAGAAGUGGCCUAGGGAUGAAAAUGUUGCAUAAUUUCUGUCAGUCUUUCCUGGCUGAGGAUGCCUUGGGGAUCAGCUGCCCUAUUUCUGCUGCCAUGUAUCAAGUAUGCCAGAAAUUCCUGCAGGCUCAUCCUGAGGAGCAGAAGCGACUGUGGGAAGUGGAAGCACCAGGAGAUUGGGGCCAGCGAGUGAAUGUCUGGUUGAAAAUUCAGAUGGAGUCAUCCCCUAGAGGAAAGGCUGAAGUGGGCUCUUGUAUGGAGAAGACUCCAACUACCAAACCCAGACAAUCGGACCAGAUGAAUAAGGGUGUUGACUGCUUUCCUGGAGUUGGGCAAGUGGGAGGAGAUGCCAUGGAGAAAAAAGAUGACACAACAGCAGCAGGGACUCUAAACUCACAAGGUCCUGAAGAGGAGGACUUGGAACAAAGUGCAGGCAAUUCUCAAAAACAUAAAGGACUCAGGAAAAGAGAAGGUCCUGGGGACUUAGUUGGAGACAAGGCCACUAAACAAUUUAAAACUACACCAUAAUUGCUAUUUCAGAAAUCAGCAAAAUUCAGUAUGAUCUUAAAAAUUGUAAUUGACUGUUCCUAAUUUGUAACAGUGAAUAAAUUUCUCCAGGUAUGAUGAAA